AUGUCCAACAACAAAAAGAAACCAACAGCAACUUCAAUAUUUUACAAUGAAACAGCGAUGGUGAAGGAAUUGUACACUGGAUACCUGAUCAAGUCCCCCGCUCAACAAGCCCUGACUAAAAACACUCUUUAUCUGUUAUAUCUGUCACAGAAAUCAUGGAAGCAUCGUUUCUUUGUGCUCUCCAAGACGGGGGAAGACUCCUACCAGCUGACAUAUUAUGCAAAUAACGAAAGGAGAGACAAGCCUUUGGGAGAGAUAGACCUUUCUAAGAUCAGCCUGCUGUUUAUUGGCCCCGAGGCACAUCAGGAGUGGGACUGGAUCCAGAAAAAAUUCAAAUGUUCUCCAUCCUCUGUGCUGUUCUUGAAGGUGGAAGACAACACACCAAAACACUCAAGAGACUAUUUCCUCAUUGGAAAAAACAGUGAUGAUGUGGAUGGUUGGCUCAGUGCCUUCGUCAAGGUAAUGAAGACCCAGAAAUCAAGAAAUACCCUUCAGGACAACAGAUUUAGAUCAGCAUCUGAACCUGUAAAGAGUUCAGAACCAAAGGUUGAGGAUGAGCCUGAUGAAAGACGGUCAGCACCUGAAUUAAUGCUAACUUACCCGUCACUGUACAGCCAUUAUGACUAUCCUCGCAAGCUCAGCGAACCUCUACUACCAGUAGCGCUCAAGAUUCCAAUUAUUGAGGUUGAAGAUGAUGAGGACGAGAUGCAGGAUGAAUCUGCAGAGGACAGUGAAUACAUGUCCAUGGCAUCAUUGCAAAAAGCUUUGGAAGUUGACCAACAGGAGACGGACACUACAUGCAUGCAGAAAAACUCUUCCAUGAAUGGUCAUGAGUCCUCUGUGUGCAAUGGUGCAGUCUACCAGGAUGAGGAUGAUGACUGUAAAUGUGAAACGCGCGCACAUGUUGAGGAGAUCUGCGUUAGAAAAAAUGAUCUGAAAAACAGUCUGAUCUUGACUCAAGCAGAGGGCAAACCAUGUGAAACGCGCGCACAUGUUGAGGAGAUCUGCGUUAGAAAAAAUGAUCUGAAAAACAGUCUGAUCUUGACUCAAGCAGAGGGCAAACCAUGUGUCUCUGAAUGUCGGAAGAUUCAGGACUCGUGUCUCUUCCAUAAAGGGGACCAGAUCCCGGCCUUCAAUGACCUGCUUAUAGACACAGUUGAAGAGAUACAGACAUACGUAAGAAGACUAAGCAAGGAUGAGGUAAAACUCACUAUUCGGCAGCUCAUAGGAUCCCAGCCUCUGCACUCUGAACCCUGCCCAUCAUAA